AGGCAGGAGCGGAAGUACACGCCUACAGUAGCCCGCCGCGGUUCCGCAAUGGUGGGCGGCAGUGGGAUGGGGGGCGGCCUCUUGGAGAACGCUAACCCCCUCAUCUACGAGCGCUCUGGGGAGCGGCCAGUGACCGCGGGCGAGGAGGACGAGCAGGUUCCAGACAGCAUCGACGCCCGCGAGAUCUUCGAUCUGAUUCGCUGCAUCAAUGACCCGGAGCAUCCACUUACGCUAGAAGAAUUGAACGUAGUAGAGCAAGUCCGGGUUCAGGUGAGCGACCCCGAGAGCACAGUGGCCGUGGCCUUCACACCCACCAUUCCACACUGCAGUAUGGCCACCCUUAUUGGCCUGUCCAUCAAAGUCAAGCUUCUGCGAUCCCUUCCCCAGCGUUUUAAGAUGGAUGUGCACAUAACACCAGGGACCCAUGCCUCGGAGCAUGCAGUGAACAAGCAGCUUGCAGAUAAAGAGCGGGUGGCAGCUGCCCUGGAGAACACCCACCUGCUGGAGGUUGUGAACCAGUGCCUGUCAGCCCGCUCCUGAGCCUGGAUUUUUGCCCCCAGCCUCACGCAGGGCUCAUAGCCUUGUUUUCUUGAAUCACUGACAAUAAGAAACUAACAUUUGGCAAUAAACCGUUAAUUUAUGUUCA